UGCACCACAGCAGAGCACAGGAAAAAAAAAACCUCUCUGUCAUUCAUCCACUUUUACACACAUCCAGACACGGCCACCUCCUCUUUCACUCAGACACACAGAUACACACACUGAUUCUCAUGUGCCAUUCAGUCGAUUAUCUCUGAUAACACCCUCUGCAGGAAUACAAUAUCAGUUCCAGACUUUUUUUCUCCUGACUCGGAUGACACCUCUCUGCGUAUUUUAGGGGAUAUUUUCCCCCUGUCGGCCGUCAAGAGGUCACCUGGAUUGGGAAGAUAAUAAUGAUUCACUUGUCUGCGGUGAUAAGAGGAGAGAAGAGUUGGAAUUGAUGAUUGUGGAGUGGAAUUUAAGAAGGGGAUUCGUGAAGAGAAGAACUGGGAGGAGGAGGAGCAGGUGAUCGAAGGAGGAAGAGGAGGAGAGGAAGAGCAUGGGCCACUCGUCUGUGUGGAUCUUUCUGCUGUCCCUUUCUCUCUCCCAUCAAAGCGUCACAGCACAGGCUGAAGCAUGCAGGACGGUGGUGCAGGCAGACAUAGUGUUUCUGGUGGAUGAGUCAUGGAGUGUGGGCCAGACCAGCUUCUCCAGUGUCAAAGACUUCAUCUCAACCAUCGUCUCCUCCUUCAAGGACAGUGUGGUGGGACCUGAGGGGGUCCGCUUUGGAGUCACUGUCUUUGGGGAUAUCGCAAGGAUGCGGAUUGCUUUGACAGACUACAGCUCACUGGAGGAGGUGCUCAGAGCCAUCAGAGAUCUCCCCUAUGAGGGUGGAUCCAGGAGGAUUGGUGAUGCCCUUCAGUUUCUGGUUGACCCCGUGUUCAGCCCUGUCAUCAGUCGAGACCAUGCCCCAAAGAUAGCUGUAAUGAUCACAAACGGACGUUCAGACGACCAGGUGGACGCCGCAGCCAGAGCUGUAGCUGACAAUGGGAUUUCUCUCUUUGCAGUAGGUCUUUGGGGAGCUGACGAUUCAGAGCUGAGGAGGAUUGUGUCAGAGCCACAUGAGGAGCACCUAUUACUGGGCACUGACUACUCUCACCUUGAAACCAUUCUUCCCAAACUGUCCCGCAGAGUGUGUUUUACUGCUUCUGAGCCACCGCUUCCUGUGAAAACCUCCCCACCUGUCAAAGAGCCUGUGGUGGGUCCCAAAGACCUGCAGGUCAGCGAGUUGGCCCACAGUUCCCUCAGACUGACAUGGAGCCAGGCCACAGGUGAUGUCACCGGAUAUCGUCUCCUGAUCUACCCUCUCAGCUCCAGUGGGCACCUCCCCCCACAACAGAGACAGGUUGAUCUUAAGGCAGAUGUGAGCACAGCGUUGGUGACGGAGCUGAGUCCCAAAACAGACUAUUCCCUCACUGUCUACGCCAUCUACCCCAGCCUCAUAGGAGACUCUGCAGCAAUCACCGUCCAAACAACCCCGUUGCCUCAGGUGUCAAACUUCCGUGUUAUUGAGGAGGGCCUGUUCUCUCUGCGCCUGGGCUGGACGCCUCCUCUAGGAAAGCUGAACGGAUACAAGAUCUUCAUCCCAAGACCCAACCGCCCAGGAUUUAUUUAUGAGAACAUGCUUCCUGGAGACACCUCUUCUCAUGUGAUUGACAGCCUGGAGGAAGAUAAGAAGUACACCAUCAGUAUUUAUGCUGUUUACCCCCAGGGACAAAGUGAAACAGUUUCAAUAGUGGGCAAGACAUUAAAGCUGGUGCAAGUUAAGAAGUUCCUUGUCCAAAACGCCACCACAGACACCGUCCAGGCUAGGUGGGCAUCAGUUAAGGGAGCCACAGGAUACCGUCUGACAUGGGAAUCCCCAGAUGGCCACAUAGCGAACGUGAACCUCGGGGACAACUUUAACUUCUACAUGAUCCAGGGCCUCCACUCAGCCUCUGAGUACACCGUCACCAUCAACCCCAUCUUUGGAGAUAUUGAGGGGCCCAUCACAACCACUAAAGUCAAGACAUUGGAAAGCAGUGCAGUACAAACUUUGAAAGUGUCUGCUGUGAGCACCAGUACUGCGGUCGUCUCAUGGAACAGUGUCCCAGGAGCCACAGGAUACAGACUGGCCUGGGGACCCACUCCAGAGUUUGUCGGUCGGGACCGUCCCAGGCAGUUGGCUCUGAACAGCAGCACCACAGAGUACCAACUGAAGAAUGUAGCCCACGAUACUGAGUAUGUCCUGUCUCUCUAUGUGCUGUUUGGAUCUGUGGUGGGGCCUGGUAUCAGUGCUACCUUCAGAACUUCUCCGUUGGGCUAUGUGUCCAACUUCAAGGUGUCGUCCUACACCAGUACGUCCAUAGAUGUGGAGUGGAGUCCCAUUGUUGGAGCGACUGAGUACAAACUUUCUUGGACCACAGGUGACAGCAGCCCUCAGUCCCGUUACCUGGAUCGCAGUGUUCUCUUCAGUCGUAUCGAAGACCUGAACCCACAGUCCACAUACACAAUCACCAUCUGCGCGGUGUACGGCAACUCAGAGGGACCAGAAAUCUCCUUAUCUCAGCUCACAGCUGCUGUCUCAGACUCUCAGCCAAUCCAGGCAGUGAGGGAGGUGAAGGUCGUGGACAUUGGAGUCAACUCCUUCACCCUGUCCUGGAGGAAAACACCAGGAGCAUCUGGGUACAAAAUCUCCUGGAUCCCCUUCCUGGGGGGUGAUGAGAAGUCUGACGUGGUGUCUGCCGCUUCCACCACUUUCACCAUCCACAAGCUGCGGGAGAGCUCGGCUUACAAGAUCCAGGUGUCCAACAUGGUGGGCAACCGGGAGGGAAGCCCAGUCCUGCUCACUGCACGCACCUUGGAUCUUCCCAAAGUGAAUGACUUUGCUGCUCUGAACACGACAGACAGCAGCACUGUUCUGAACUGGACACGUGUGGCUGGUGUUUCUGGAUACCUUCUCUCCUGGAGACACAUCUCAGUGUUGGAGACUAAAACAGAGACCCUGGGCCCUGGUUUCAGCUCCUAUAAGAUCAGCGAUUUGCUCUAUGGAAGAACCUAUAUUUUUACCAUCAGACCCUUGUAUGGAGAAGUGGAGGGCCCUAUAAGCACUGUCUAUCAGAGAAUAUUGGGACCGGAUCGUCCGCUGGUAACAGUCCAGCCUGUGCCAGCCACAGUCGCUCCUCGUAUCACGACUGCCUCCCUCAGCGAUACCACCAUCACUCACACAGGCAUCAGGACCACAAGGCACCCCAUCGCUGUGCCACCGACUAAACCCAUAAUCACCAAAAAGCCUCCGGGCCAGCCGAUUGUCACUGAAGCCAAAGCAGCAGAAGUCACCCCCCUUCGAUUAACCACACUCAGUGCACAGACAACAGCUCCACCAAGACCAGUGUGUGGUAAGGCCAAAGCAGACAUAGUGUUCUUAGUGGACGAGUCCUCCAGCAUCGGCGCUAACAACUUCAUCAAGAUGAAAGACUUCAUAUUCCGAGUGGCAACUUACUUUCCUGUCGUUGGUCCUCUGGGCACACAGAUAGCCGUGGUUCAUUACAGCGAUGAGCCUCGUAUUGAAUUCCAUCUAAGUGACUUUAAAGACAGGAGCUCUGUGCUCAGGGCGCUCAGAGCGCUACGCUAUGGAGGGGGCAACACCAAAACAGGAAAAGGCAUCAGCUACGUUCUGCAGGAGCUGUUCCAGGAGUCUCUGGGGAUGAGGCAGGAUGUGGCGCAUGUUCUGGUUCUGAUUACAGAUGGCAGGGCCCAGGAUAACGUGGAGCCGCCCUCUAGGAUUGCACGUGCUCUGGGUGUCAGUGUCCUGGCAGUCGGAGUUUCUAAUGCAGACAUGGAGGAGCUGAAUAAGAUUGCAGCACCCACCAGCUACAAAAACAUCUUCUACUCACCAACCUUUGAUGACUUCCCUUCCAUAGAGAGAGAAUUUAUCAAUAUCAUCUGUAGUGAGGAGCUCCUCUCCGAGUUCAAACUGAAUGAUGAGUCUGCUCAGUUGGACACCCCGACUGAAGACCCAGGGGAGCUGCUCAAGCCUCAGGGUCCCUGCUCCUCCCAGUGUGCGAAGGGCCAGAAAGGGGAAAAGGGAGAUGGUUUUGGUGGCGGAGGUCUGAGAUUUCGGCAAAGCCCUGGACAGUUUGAUCCUUUCACGUCUUCCAAAGGAGAGAAGGGAGAAAGGGGGCCUCCUGCAACAGAUGGUGUACCUGGGCUGCCAGGACGACCAGGGAGAACUGGACCACCAGGUUCUCCCGGCCAGCGGGGCCCUCAAGGCAUAUCAGGUGAUAUGGGUCCACCUGGAGCCCCUGGUCAAAAGGGACAGAGAGGAGAGAGGGGAGAGCCUGGAUAUGUUAUAGGUGGCACAGAUGCAAAUUUCGUUCCUGGGCGAAAAGGAGAGCCAGGAUCUUCAGGUCCCCAGGGGCCUCCUGGUGUACCAGGGGUCAAUGGAUCUCCAGGCCUACCUGGCCAGCCAGGACCACCAGGGUCACCAGGAAUAUCUGUCAAGGGAGAUCCUGGGGAGAUUGGAGCCAAAGGUUUACGUGGGAAGCCGGGUGUGAAAGGAGACAAAGGAGAGUCGGGAAAAGACGGUACUGCAGGUUUGCCUGGUCCGAUUGGCAUUGAUGGGGUGCCAGGAUUACCAGGUCAGAGAGGAGAGAAGGGGGAAGAAGGAAUUGGUAUACAAGGUAUUCAAGGUCCUCGUGGAGAGCCUGGAGAGAAGGGAAAUAUUGGCUUAACAGGACCAGUUGGCCUCAAGGGUGAUCGUGGAGAGCAGGGCAUCCAAGGAAUCAUCGGACCUCGGGGCAAGAAGGGAUUCAAAGGGGAGCAAGGGGAAAAGGGAGAACGAGGAGAGAUGGGACCAGUAGGACCACAAGGACCCACCGGACUGACGGGUCCUUUAGGGUUGAAAGGAGAUGAGGGUCCAAGAGGUGCUCCUGGAGAUCCUGCCAAGGGUGUAAUCGGCCCAACAGGAAAAAAGGGUGCCAGGGGAGAUGUUGGUCCAGUCGGCCCCGUGGGCCCCCAGGGAGUAAAGGGUGACCAAGGAGACAAAGGAGAAAAGGGCAGUCCCGGUUUUGGGAUUCCAGGACAGCGGGGCGAAAAGGGAGAAAAUGGCGAAAGGGGAAAUGUUGGUUUGUCUGGAAAACCAGGACCAAAAGGGAAGGAUGGCUCUAAAGGUGACAAAGGGACUAUCGGGUUAUCCGGCAAUCCUGGAGAACCAGGAUUAAGAGGUAAAGAUGGUGCACCUGGAGUUAAAGGAGAUCAAGGAACUAAGGGUGAAGUAGGACCCCCUGGAGAGCCUGGUGAUAGAGGAAUUAGGGGUCCACUGGGGUUACCAGGGCGACCAGGGGACCCAGGGGAGAAAGGAGAUACUGGGGCGUCUGGCCCGUCUGGUGCUGAUGGAAAGAAAGGUGACAAAGGGGAGCAGGGAAAACCUGGACCUCCGGGAGGACAAAUUGUUGCAGACAACAAUGUACUGACCAGAGUAAUAAAGGGUGAACCAGGAGAGCCUGGUCAGCCUGGUUUGAGAGGAGAGACAGGUCUGCCUGGUCCACAAGGUCCAGAGGGGAAACCUGGAUUACCAGGACUCUCUUCGGGUGGUUCUGGAAGAGACGGAUUUGAUGGUUUUCCAGGGAAACCAGGAAUGAAGGGUGACCAGGGACAAAAAGGAGAGCCUGGCCUGAAUGGAGAUAAAGGAGACCAAGGACGUGUUGGGAUUGCUGGAAUGCCUGGUUUACCAGGAACUCCAGGGAGACCUGGCAUUGACGGGAAGAGGGGCUUGCCAGGAAAAGAUGGAGAAAGAGCACCAAAAGGAGAUGAAGGCAAAAAGGGGGAAAAGGGAGAGGCAGGUGCAAAUGGUAAAGAUGGCAGUAAAGGGGAACCAGGACCUCCAGGUUUGCCUGGUCGGCAGGUGCUUGUCACAUCAGAGGGCGCCACCCUCGAUGAAAUCCGAGAAGCAUUCCCAAUCCCAAUGGGUCCCCCAGGAGCUGCUGGUUCACCGGGAAUGAAGGGUGAUAAAGGAGAACAAGGCCUGAAAGGAGACAAGGGUGAUGCUGGAGCUCCUGGAAAGUCUAUUGAGAUGAAGGACAUUGAAGUGAUGUUUGAAGCAUACGGCAUAAGGCUGCCUUUGCUGAAGGCUUUGAUCGACAGGCUGCUGCAGGACGGAAUAGAGGAGCUGCUUCAGGUGCUCGGCACCUCCAGGAAAACAAAGGAAAAGGCAGACACUCACACCUCCAAUGUCAUCACUGAGUACACAAGUUCAGUGAAGUUUGACCUCGCCGGCCAGCCGCUGAAAGAGCUGGACACUAUUGAGGAUCCUGAUUUAGAUGGACAGCUUCCAGAGUCUUUGGAACGUUUGAAUGAAACUGCAGAGGGUCCGACUUUAUGGUCCGUCACCACGCUGAAUGGAGAAGAGGAGCUCGACAGGAUCGGCACCAAGCUCAAGGGCUCCAGAGGGAAGGAGAUAGUAGACGGGGGCAGUGACAGAUUAUCAUCGCUCAAAAUUAAUCUGACUGUGGUCAAUUCUACUUACAAUUAUACCACGACCCAGGAGACGGUUUCAGGGUUACCAGAAACUGUGGCGGAGACUGUUCUCCUCACUCAGGAAGACUCUCUGAAGAAGAACUCGGGACAAAAGAAAAAGAACAGAGAACGGGGGAAGGGCAAAGGAAAUAAAGGACGACAUAAGAGGCAGAGACAACGCCUGACAAGUGACGAGGACAAGCAAGAGGAGGAAGAGGAGUUUUAUAACGGCGAAGAAUACAGCUAUGAAUACGAGGAUGAACUCUCACCAGAUGACCACUUGGCCUCUCAGGAGGGGAGAGACAACCGACAGGAGGAACAGUUACCCACACACAGUCCUGCCCAGUUAGAGACACUGGCGGGAACCUCCAGUUACCCUCUAACAUCCUCCACAGACAGACAAACAGAUGAACAGGAGGAACAAUUACUCACACACACUCCUGCCCAGUUAGAAACAUGGGUGGAUCCCUCCAGUCAUCCUCUAAUAUAUUCGACAGACAGAGAAACAGAUGAACAGGUUGCCUUGACAACCACAGAGCCAUUAUCUCAACCCAUGACUGAUAGAGAAAAGGAUGAAGUGUCACUUCCGUCACCUGCCGUCACAACAGAAGAACCAGAUAAGGUGCCUCGAUCCAAAAUCAGGGUGAAGAAGAGCGCCCCCUGGCCUGACUCCAUGGUGUUCAUGCCAGGUGCCCCAGGUGGAAGACGUCGCUUCAAGGAGGCACCAAAACAUCUUUCCUCUGGAGCUCAAGGUUACAUCUGGAGUCAGAAGAAGCAAGAAAAACCUGACCUUCAAACACAUACCAGGAGGCAAGAAGUGAGGGAGAGGCAGCGAUACAGUGAUACAGAAAAAGAGACACAAGAUGGAGGAGAGGAACCGACUGAAGGAGAGGAGCCGACAGAAGAAGUGGAACCAACUGAUGAAGUGGAACCAACUGAAGAAGUGGAGAAGUGGGAGGUAGAACAAGAGAAGGGAGUAGAGAUAGAUGAAGAUACAAAAACAAGCCCUGAUCCAGACUAUGAGGAGGAGGAAGAGAGGAGCGGAGACUACGACUGGGAGACAGAGGAGGAUGUGGAUCGAGAGAGGGGAGGAGAGGAAGAUGCCGACCUGGAGAAGGAAAGGGAGCGGGAGAGGAUGGAGAUGGAGAGGGAGAGGGAGGAGCUGGAGAAAGAGAAGGAGGCCGAGCUGGAGCUGGAGAGAGAAAAGAUGGAGAGGGAGAAAGAGAGGGAGGCCGAACUGGAGCUGGAGAGGGAGAAUGAGCUGGAGACUGAGAGGACAGAGGAGGAGGAGAGGGAGAGGGACUUGGAGAGGGAGAGGGAGGAGUGGGAGAGGAGGAGGCUGGAGAUGGAGAGAGGGAGAGAGGGGGGUUAUGAUGAAGAAACUGGACAGCCAUACCCAUACCCUCCAGAGUAUUUCUACCUCAAGGGACAUCCAGGUGAGAAUGGAACGCCUGGACAAAAGGGGGACAUUGGAGAAAAGGGACAAAAGGGAGAGCCAGGCAUCGGCCACAGAGGUCCAGAAGGGCAGGCUGGUCCUCCGGGACAGAAGGGUGAGCCAGGUGAGCCGGGGCCUCCAGGCGCUCAGGGCAUCCAGGGUAUCAGUGGUAACGCAGGCAUGCAGGGCUCCCCAGGCCUUAGAGGUCCCCAGGGGGACCCAGGAGACCCGGGCAGAGAGGGUGAUCGGGGUAAAAGGGGAAAGAAUGGAUCGCCUGGACCUCCUGGGCCUCGAGGAACACCUGGACCUCAUGGUCCUCCUGGUCUGCCUGGAGUAAAAGGAGAAAAGGGUGACAGUAUUCCUGGAGAGCCUGGUGCCAGGGGGUUGGCUGGCUUCCCAGGCAGACGGGGUGAAAAAGGUCCCAUAGGUGUGAAAGGAGCUCUUGGGCAUUUUGGUCCAAAAGGUCUUCGUGGCAGCAAAGGGGAAAAGGGUGACCGAGGGUUGCCUGGCGUCAGAGGAGAGAGGGGGAGCGUGCUUCAAAUCCAAGGACCCCGAGGAUUUAAGGGUUCCAAAGGAGAGGCGGGUGAGCGAGGCCCACCGGGUUUUGAUGGCGAUAAAGGAGAAAAGGGCGAGGACGGCCCUCCUGGAGUGAAGGGCCUAAAGGGUGAUGCAGGCACUAAAGGGGCGCUGGGGCGUUUUGGAGCACGAGGACCAGGAGGGCAGAAGGGAGAUUCAGGAGAGCCAGGACUCAAUGGAGUCAUGGGUCGCAAUGGGGAUCAUGGAGUCGAUGGGGCCAAAGGGGACAAAGGAGACAUGGGACUGCAGGGACAGAAGGGCGAUCAGGGUGAUCCAGGAGAACCAGGCCUACCAGGAGACAAAGGGGAGAAGGGAGAGAAGGGAUUCAGAGGUCUGCCUGGUCGCACUGGGAGUCCAGGCCUGGAUGGAGAAAAGGGAGAUAUGGGGUUACAUGGCACACCUGGCAUACCUGGUCUGAAUGGACUCACAGGGCGCAAGGGUGAAAAGGGACAAGGAGGCAUCGAUGGUGCUGAUGGUUAUCCAGGAGCAAAAGGAGACAAGGGUGCAGCAGGUUUCUCAGGUUUCCCAGGUUUCAAGGGGUCAGCAGGGAAUCCAGGAAGGGAUGGAGAUGAGGGACUACCAGGACCUCCAGGACAGCGAGGGGACACAGGGCCCAAGGGGGGCAGGGGCAGACGGGGCAGAUCAAAGUCAUGUCAGAAGGGAGAACCCGGGACUCCAGGACUCAGAGGAGAGAGUGGUACACUGGGUUUUGAAGGAGGAAAAGGGGAGAAGGGGGAGCCUGGACUCUCGGCUGAAGAAGUGAAGGAGCUGGUCACCCAGGAGGUGGUAGAAAAGUGUGAGGAACACACACCAUGGUGCCAGCAACAGUAG